AUGAAAAGAGCCUGGACCAGGACCUGCGUUGCCUUCUGGCCAUUUCCACCCAUACAGGCAACAAUAGGGCGGGUCGUUCACAUCUGCAACCUCCCUGAAGGCAGCUGCACUGAGAAUGAUGUCAUCCACCUGGGAAUACCCUUUGGCAAAGUCACCAACUACAUCCUCAUGCGCUCCACCCAUCAGGCAUUUCUUGAGAUGGCAUAUGUUGAAGCCGCUCAGGCCAUGGUUCAAUACUAUCAACUUACUCCAGCUACGAUUAACAAUCAAAAACUUCUCAUACGAAUGUCUAAGAGAUACAAGGAGCUGCAACUCAAGAAACCAGGUAAAGAUGUUCAAACAAUCAUCCACGACAUCACCUCUCAGCAGGAAAGGGAUGAGAUGCAAGAACACGAACACUACAUCCCAGAGAGAGCGCGCUCCCGCAGCCCAAUCAGCCGAUCCCUCAGCCCUCAUUCCCACAGUCCAAGUUUUACAUCAUGCAGCUCAGCCCACAGCCCCCAGGGCGCAUCCUGCAGGGGUCCGGAAAGAGGCAGUAAUGGCCUGGGCCCCCGCCAGGGUUCCUGGGAUCGGUCGUCACACUUGAGAAGGGGUGAGGACGACAGGGAAAGGGAAGACCCAUGGAGAAAUGAGGGAAGCGUGGAUGAUGAUCGGUCUAGUGGACGAGCAGCCGACCGCCGGAAGGUUUACCAGAAACCCUUGGAUCAUAUCAGCUCGAGAUCUGCAGAUGAGCGAGGAGGCGGCGGAGGUGAAGGGAUCAGGGGCAACAGAGACUGGCAACCGCGAGGCAGCCCUCAAGGCAUGUCUUUCAACUCGUACAGGAACAUGGAGGAUGACAUCUACAUGAAGGAACAAAUGUACAAGUCAGACAAGCCGCCUAGACCUCCAUACCAGAGGCACGACACAAAGCCCAAGAGGAGAGAUGGAAGCGACUACCAUAAUAGAUCGAGGCAUUCUGUGUUUGAGAUAACUGAGGAGCCACUUCGCAGAACACUAGAGGACAAGAGGCCGGGUUCACCAGACAGGGGCAGGGGCAAAAAGACAAGCAGGAGGCACACCACUACAGACAAACACGAUAAAGAAAAUGCUACUGAAAAUACUGAAUGCCAGUCAAAAGAAAAAUCGUUUUCACCUCAGCAAAGCGACAUGCCAAAAGAGACGAUAGAAUGUAGUAAAGAAAGAAAUACUGUGAAGGAGUGGGAAAGUGGAGAUGAUACUGAUGGAGACUGCUGGUACCCUAAGAACAUGGAGGAACUGGUCACUGUAGAUGAAGUUGGAGGAGAAGAUGAUUCCAUAGUUGAGCCCGACCUUCCCGAGCUAGAAGAGUUUGUAUCCCGCCCCCAAGAGCCUACAGGUGAAGAAGCAGCAGAGGAGUGCAUACCACCCCCUACCCCCUCCUCCUUGGAGGUGCAGGAAACAUCUAGCAGGGAUAUUGGACAUCCAGAAGAAACAUCUGUGAACAAAAAGCAAGGGGAUGUUAUAAGUGCAAGCAGUCCUGAAGAGCAGAUGUUCAGUGCAGCGACUCCUGAGCUACCAGUCACUGACCUCAGUGACUUCCCCAGUGAGGAGUUCAAAGCUGCCCUGGAGGAGACAUGUUUAGAGGACAAAGUGACCCGCAGUGGGCCUUCAGAGGAGCUGAUGGAAAAUCAUAUUUACGUAUCAGAAGAUGGCAAAAACGUGGAAGUAGGAAAGGUCCCAGAAAAAAUCAAUAAUGGGGUUCAUCACAAGGACGGCAUUCUAAAAAAAGAGAUUGAGGCUCCCUCGCCGUCUCGUGAGCAAGACAAAGCUGUCAGUGAACACAGCAUCCCUUUGGGAGUGGAGUUCAUUGUGCCGAGGAUGGGUUUCUACUGUGAGCUCUGCGAACUGUUCUAUAACAGUGAGGAGACGGCCAAGAGUACACACUGCCGCAGCACCGUGCACUACAGGAACCUCCAGAAGUACCUGUCCCAGCUGGCAGAGGACGGUCUGUCGGGCUUACUUUCUGAACCCUCCGCUACACAGUGACGUCUCACAGUGGAAGGAUUUGUGUGUGUGUUGCAGAGGAAGUGGACAAUUGCACUGGUUUUGAUAUUUUGGCAGAAGGAAUGUCUAAAUAUGUUCGAUGGCACUGACAAUCCCAGCCCCACAUGUGCUCUCAAAUUUGUACAUACCUGAUGUGUAAUGUAAAGUGAGGCUACAAUAUUUAAUUUUAUUGGAUUUGGUUUAUUCAUUUCCUUACAGCUUACUUUAUUGGAUUGUGUGUGAUAAAAUGUUUUUAUUUGUAAUAAUGGAAAUGUUCAGUCCAUUUUCUGAGUUUAAAUGUUAGCUACGAUUACACAUUUACAUCUGUAAAAUGACUUAAAAUAUGUCGCAAGUCAUAUUUUAUUCAGUUAAAAAACUACGACUGAUUCUCAGGUUUGUUGUAUUUGUUUAAUAGAUUGUAAUGUAUAGCUUAGAAAACAACAUUACAUUUUUAUUUAUAUAAGAGUCUUGGUGCCAGUUUGCGCACAAAUAGCGUAAUGGUAAAUAAGGUAAUAAAAUGUAAACCAUUUGGAUUGAUAAUGUUGCGAAAUAUUAUAUCAUAAUAUAUUUAUUUUUGUGACGUUUUAUUUUGAGUUGAAAAUCAUGAGACAAUCCCAGUCAUAUUUGCCAAAAUAUGUAAAUGCCUUUAUAUCGGAGACCUUAAACUGGACCAUGUGUUUAAUUAGAGUCAAUCAUGCAAUGUUUACCGUGACUUGUUCAGAAAGGGAUAUCAUGCCAUACUCUGUUUUUGUAUACUGUGAAUACUGAUCCUGUGACAUCAAUGAUAGUGUUGUUUUGUUUGACAAACUUUUCAUAUGAUUUUUAAUGCGAAAAACGUG